CUGGUCCUGUCCAAUGUGGACGUGGAGCUGAAAUAUUAUGACCUGGGUCUGCCGUACCGCGACCAGACAGACGACCAGGUCACCAUCGACUCGGCCAUCGCCACAAUGAAGUACAAUGUGGCCGUCAAGUGUGCCACCAUCACUCCGGAUGAAGCCAGAGUCGAUGGUAUCUGCUUUGACCACAUAGACAUACAUUCUUUGAAAUAAAUCAUACAUCGACAAGAUGGGUAUUUGAAUCCCAGGGGAUAACACUUACAGUGAGGGAAAAAAGUAUUUGAUCCCCUGCUGAUUUUGUACGUUUGCCCACUGACAAAUAAAUUAUCAGUCUAUAAUUUUAAUGGUAGGUUUAUUUGAACAGUGAGAGACAGAAUAUCAACAAAAAAUCCAGAAAAACGCAUGUCAACAAUGUUAUAAAUUAAUUUGCAUUUUAAUGAGGGAAAUAAGUAUUUUACCCCUCUGCAAAACAUGACUUAGUACUUGGUGGCAAAACCCUUGUUGGCAAUCACAGAGGUCAGACGUUUCUUGUAGUUGGCCACCAGGUUUGCACACAUCUCAGGAGGGAUUUUGUCCCACUCCUCUUUGCAGAUCUUCUCCAAGUCAUUAAGGUUUCGAGGCUGACGUUUGGCAACUCAAACCUUCAGCUCCCUCCACAGAUUUUCUAUGGGAUUAAGGUCUGGAGACUGGCUAGGCCACUCCAGGACCUUAAUGUGCUUCUUCUUGAGCCACUCCUUUGUUGCCUUGGCCGUGUGUUUUGGGUCAUUGUCAUGCUGGAAUACCCAUCCACGACCCAUUUUCAAUGCCCUGGCUGAGGGAAGGAGGUUCUCGCCCAAGAUUUGACGGUACAUGGCCCCGUCCCUUUGAUGCGGGGAAGUUGUCCUGUCCCCUUAGCAGAAAAACACCCCCAAAGCAUAAUGUUUCCACCUCCAUGUUUGACGGUGGGGAUGGUGUUCUUGGGGUCAUAGGCAGCAUUCCUCCUCCUCCAAACACGGCGAGUUGAGUUGAUGCCAAAGAGCUCCAUUUUGUUCUCAUCUGACCACAACACUUUCACCCAGUUCUCCUCUGAAUCAUUCAGAUGUUCAUUGGCAAACUUCAGACAGGCAUGAAUAUGUGCUUUCUUGAGCAGGGGGACCUUGCGGGCGCUGCAGGAUUUCAGUCCUUCACGGCGUAGUGUGUUACCAAUUGUUUUCUUGGUGACUAUGGUCCCAGCUGCCUUGAGAUCAUUGACAAGAUCCUCCCGUGUCGUUCUGGGCUGAUUCCUCACCGUUCUCAUGAUCAUUGCAACUCCACGAGGUGAGAUCUUCCAUGGAGCCCCAGGCCGAGGUAGAUUGACAGUUCUUUUGUGUUUCUUCCAUUUGCGAAUAAUCGCACCAACUGUUGUCACCUUCUCACCAAGCUGCUUGGCGAUGGUCUUGUAGCCCAUUCCAGCCUUGUGUAGGUCUACAAUCUUGUCCCUGACAUCCUUGGAGAGCUCUUUGGUCUUGGUGGAGAGUUUGGAAUCUAAUUGAUUGAUUGCUUCUGUGGACAGGUGUCUUUUAUACAGGUAACAAGCUAAGAUUAGAAGCACUCCCUUUAAGAGUGUGCUCCUAAUCUCAGCUCGUUACCUGUAUAAAGACACCUGGAAGCCAGAAAUCUUUCUGAUUGAGAGGGGGUCAAAUACUUAUUUCCCUCAUUAAAAUUCAAAUCAAUUAAUAACAUUUUUGACAUGCGUUUUUCUGGAUUUUCUUGUUGUUAUUCUGUCUCUCACUGUUCAAAUAAACCUACCAUUAAAAUGAUAGACUGAUCAUUUCUUUGUCAGUGGGCAAAUAUCUUUAUUACAGUGGGCAAAUACUUUUUUCCCUCACUGUAUUAAAGAGUUUCUAUAAAUAUUUGUUUGACAAUGGUUCCAGGGUCAGGAGUUAGAUCAGUACUGCAGUUUGACAGUUAACAGCUUAACUCAUGCCAGGUCUUCCUCCAUGACCCUUAUUCCUCAGAGUUGAAGCUGAAGAAGAUGUGGAAGAGUCAGGGUUAGAUAGAUAGUUACCUGGACUAGCUGUAGUAAGGUCAGGGUUAGAGUUAGGGUUAGGUCAAACAGGUUAAGAGGUUAACUCAGGCCUCCAUCUCUAACCCUAACAGAGUUCAAGCUGAAGAAGAUGUGGAAGAGUCCCAACGGAAGCAUCAGGAACAUUCUGGGCGGAACCGUCUUCCGAGAGCCAAUCAUCUGCAAGAACAUUCCCCGUCUGGUCCCUGGUUGGACGCAGCCCAUAACGAUCGGCAGACACGCCUUUGGUGACCAGGUAGACAAGUAACGUGUUUUAGAUUAGAUUUGUAUUCAAUCACAGAGCAUGUGAGGAAUGUUCUGUUGUUGAUGUGGGUUGUGUUGUUCCACAGUACAAAGCCACAGACUUUGUGAUCACCAAGCCAGGGAAGUUUAAGAUGGUGUUCACCCCGGCUGAUGGCAGCAAGGGGAAUGAGUGGGAGGUCUUUGACUUCCCCUCAGGAGGCUGUGGGUUGGGCAUGUACAAUACUGAUGAGGUGAGCAUUUUAAUUUUUUAUUUUUUUUAUUUUUUAAGUUACACACUUUCUUUUCCAUCCAAGGAAAGAAAUGUGCCUUUGGCAUCAAAGAUUACAUACUGAACAAAAAUAUAAAUGCAACAUGUAAAGUGUUGGUCCCAUGUUUUAUGAGCUGAAAUAAAAGAUCCCAGAAAUGUUCCAUAUGCACAAAAAGCUUAUUUCUCUCAAAUGUUGUGGACUAAUUUGUUUACAUCAGGUGCACCUUGUGCUGGGGACAAUAAAAGGCCACUCUAAAAUGUGCAGUUUUGUCACACAACACAAUGCUACAGAAGUCUCAAGUUUUGAGGGAGCGUGCAAUUGGCAUGCUGACUGCAGGAAUGUCCACCAGAGCUGUUGCCAGUGAAUUGAAUGUUCAUGUCUCUACCAUAAGCCUCCUCCAAUGUCGUUUUAGAGAAUUUGGCAGUACAUCCAACCGGCCUCACAACCGCAGUCCACGUAUAACCACGCCAGCCCAGGACCUCCACAUCCAGCUUCUUUACCUGCGGGAUCAUCUGAGACCAGCCAGCUGGACAGCUGAUGAAACUGGGGGUUUGCACAACCAAAGAAUUUCUGCACUAACUGUCAGAAACGUCCCUGGGAAGCUCAUCUGCGUGCUCGUUGUCCUCAACAGGGUCUUGACCUGACUGCAGUUUGGCGUCGUAACUGACUUCAGUGGGCAAAUGCUCACCUUCGAUGGCCACUGGCAGGUUGGAGAAGUGUGCUCUUCAGGGAUGAUUCCCGGUUUGAACUGUACCGGGCAGAUGGUAGCGGUUUGUGUCACCGUUGUGAACAGGGUGCCCCAUGGUGGCGGUGGGGUUAUGGUAUGGGUAGGCAUAAGCUAUGGACAAUGAACACAAUUACAUUUUAUCGAUGGAAAUUUGAAUGCACAGAGAUACCGCGACGAGAUCCUGAGGCCCAUUGUUGUGCCAUUCAUCCGCCACCAUCACCUCAUAUUUCAGCAUGAUAAUGCACAGCCUGUCUGUUCUGUCCAGUCCAUUACAGGGUUCUAAUAGUGUUCUGUCUGUCCUGUCCAGUCCAUCACAGGGUUCUAAUAGUGUUCUGUCUGUCCUGUCCAGUCCAUCACAGGGUUCUAAUAGUGUUCUGUCUGUCCUGUCCAGUCCAUCACAGGGUUCUAAUAGUGUUCUGUCUGUCCUGUCCAGUCCAUCACAGGGUUCUAAUAGUGUUCUGUCUGUCCUGUCCAGUCCAUCACAGGGUUCUAAUAGUGUUCUGUCUGUCCUGUCCAGUCCAUCACAGGUUCUAAUAGUGUUCUGUCUGUCCUGUCCAGUCCAUCACAGGGUUCUAAUAGUGUUCUGUCUGUCCUGUCCAGUCCAUCACAGGGUUCUAAUAGUGUUGUCUGUCCUGUCCAGUCCAUCACAGGGUUCUAAUAGUGUGCUUUAGUGUUCUGUCUGUCCUGUCCAGUCCAUCACAGGGUUCUAAUAGUGUUCUGUCUGUCCUGUCCAGUCCAUCACAGGGUUCUAAUAGUGUUCUGUCUGUCCUGUCCAGUCCAUCACAGGGUUCUAAUAGUGUUCUGUCUGUCCUGUCCAGUCCAUCACAGGGUUCUAAUAGUGUUCUGUCUGUCCUGUCCAGUCCAUCACAGGGUUCUAAUAGUGUUCUGUCUGUCCUGUCCAGUCCAUCACAGGGUUCUAAUAGUGUUCUGUCUGUCCUGUCCAGUCCAUCACAGGGUUCUAAUAGUGUUCUGUCUGUCCUGUCAGUCCAUCACAGGGUUCUAAUAGUGUUCUGUCUGUCCUGUCCAGUCCAUCACAGGGUUCUAAUAGUGUUCUGUCUGUCCUGUCCAGUCCAUCACAGGGUUCUAAUAGUGUUCUGUCUGUCCUGUCCAGUCCAUCACAGGGUUCUAAUAGUGUUCUGUCUGUCCUGUCCAGUCCAUCACAGGGUUCUAAUAGUGUUCUGUCUGUCCUGUCCAGUCCAUCACAGGGUUCUAAUAGUGUUCUGUCUGUCCUGUCCAGUCCAUCACAGGGUUCUAAUAGUGUUCUGUCUGUCCUGUCCAGUCCAUCACAGGGUUCUAAUAGUGUUCUGUCUGUCCUGUCCAGUCCAUCACAGGGUUCUAAUAGUGUUCUGUCUGUCCUGUCCAGUCCAUCACAGGGUUCUAAUAGUGUUCUGUCUGUCCUGUCCAGUCCAUCACAGGGUUCUAAUAGUGUUCUGUCUGUCCUGUCCAGUCCAUCACAGGGUUCUAAUAGUGUUCUGUCUGUCCUGUCCAGUCCAUCACAGGGUUCUAAUAGUGUUCUGUCUGUCCUGUCCAGUCCAUCACAGGGUUCUAAUAGUGUUCUGUCUGUCCUGUCCAGUCCAUCACAGGGUUUCUAAUAGUGUUCUGUCUGUCCUGUCCAGUCCAUCACAGGGUUCUAAUAGUGUUCUGUCUGUCCUGUCCAGUCCAUCACAGGGUUCUAAUAGUGUUCUGUCUGUCCUGUCCAGUCCAUCACAGGGUUCUAAUAGUGUUCUGUCUGUCCUGUCCAGUCCAUCACAGGGUUCUAAUAGUGUUCUGUCUGUCCUGUCCAGUCCAUCACAGGGUUCUAAUAGUGUUCUGUCUGUCCUGUCCCCAUCACAGGUUAAGGUGUUCUCUCCAGUCCAUCACAGGGUUCUAAUAGUGUUCUGUCUGUCCUGUCCAGUCCAUCACAGGGUUCUAAUAGUGUUCUGUCUGUCCUGUCCAGUCCAUCACAGGGUUCUAAUAGUGUUCUGUCUGUCCUGUCCAGUCCAUCACAGGGUUCUAAUAGUGUUCUGUCUGUCCUGUCCAGUCCAUCACAGGGUUCUAAUAGUGUUCUGUCUGUCCUGUCCAGUCCAUCACAGGGUUCUAAUAGUGUUCUGUCUGUCCUGUCCAGUCCAUCACAGGGUUCUAAUAGUGUUCUGUCUGUCCUGUCCAGUCCAUCACAGGGUUCUAAUAGUGUUCUGUCUGUCCUGUCCAGUCCAUCACAGGGUUCUAAUAGUGUUCUGUCUGUCCUGUCCAGUCCAUCACAGGGUUCUAAUAGUGUUCUGUCUGUCCUGUCCAGUCCAUCACAGGGUUCUAAUAGUGUUCUGUCCAGUCCAUCACAGGGUUCUAAUAGUGUUCUGUCUGUCCUGUCCAGUCCAUCACAGGGUUCUAAUAGUGUUCUGUCUGUCCUGUCCAGUCCAUCACAGGGUUCUAAUAGUGUUGUCUGUCCUGUCCAGUCCAUCACAGGGUUCUAAUAGUGUUCUGUCUGUCCUGUCCAGUCCAUCACAGGGUUCUAAUAGUGUUCUGUCUGUCCUGUCCAGUCCAUCACAGGGUUCUAAUAGUGUUCUGUCUGUCCUGUCCAGUCCAUCACAGGGUUCUAAUAGUGUUCUGUCUGUCCUGUCCAGUCCAUCACAGGGUUCUAAUAGUGUUCUGUCUGUCCUGUCCAGUCCAUCACAGGGUUCUAAUAGUGUUCUGUCUGUCCUGUCCAGUCCAUUACAGGGUUCUAAUAGUGUUCUGUCUGUCCUGUCCAGUCCAUCACAGGGUUCUAAUAGUGUUCUGUCUGUCCUGUCCAGUCCAUCACAGGGUUCUAAUAGUGUUCUGUCUGUCCUGUCCAGUCCAUCACAGGGUUCUAAUAGUGUUCUGUCUGUCCUGUCCAGUCCAUCACAGGGUUCUAAUAGUGUUCUGUCUGUCCUGUCCAGUCCAUCACAGGGUUCUAAUAGUGUUCUGUCCAGUCCAUCACAGGGUUUAAUAGUGUUCUAUCUGUCCUGUCCAGUCCAUCACAGGGUUCUAAUAGUGUUCUGUCUGUCCUGUCCAGUCCAUCACAGGGUUCUAAUAGUGUUGUCUGUCCUGUCCAGUCCAUCACAGGGUUCUAAUAGUGUUCUGUCUGUCCUGUCCAGUCCAUCACAGGGUUCUAAUAGUGUUCUGUCUGUCCUGUCCAGUCCAUCACAGGGUUCUAAUAGUGUUCUGUCUGUCCUGUCCAGUCCAUCACAGGGUUCUAAUAGUGUUCUGUCUGUCCUGUCCAGUCCAUCACAGGGUUCUAAUAGUGUUCUGUCUGUCCUGUCCAGUCCAUCACAGGGUUCUAAUAGUGUUCUGUCUGUCCUGUCCAGUCCAUCACAGGGUUCUAAUAGUGUUCUGUCUGUCCUGUCCAGUCCAUCACAGGGUUCUAAUAGUGUUCUGUCUGUCCUGUCCAGUCCAUCACAGGGUUCUAAUAGUGUUCUGUCUGUCCUGUCCAGUCCAUCACAGGGUUCUAAUAGUGUUCUGUCUGUCCUGUCCAGUCCAUCACAGGGUUCUAAUAGUGUUUUGUCUGUCCUGUCCAGUCCAUCACAGGGUUCUAAUAGUGUUCUGUCUGUCCUGUCCAGUCCAUCACAGGGUUCUAAUAGUGUUCUGUCUGUCCUGUCCAGUCCAUCACAGGGUUCUAAUAGUGUUCUGUCUGUCCUGUCCAGUCCAUCACAGGGUUCUAAUAGUGUUCUGUCUGUCCUGUCCAGUCCAUCACAGGGUUCUAAUAGUGUUCUGUCUGUCCUGUCCAGUCCAUCACAGGGUUCUAAUAGUGUUCUGUCUGUCCUGUCCAGUCCAUCACAGGGUUCUAAUAGUGUUCUGUCUGUCCUGUCCAGUCCAUCACAGGGUUCUAAUAGUGUUGUCUGUCCUGUCCAGUCCAUCACAGGGUUCUAAUAGUGUUCUGUCUGUCCUGUCCAGUCCAUCACAGGGUUCUAAUAGUGUUCUGUCUGUCCUGUCCAGUCCAUCACAGGGUUCUAAUAGUGUUCUGUCUGUCCUGUCCAGUCCAUCACAGGGUUCUAAUAGUGUUCUGUCUGUCCUGUCCAGUCCAUCACAGGGUUCUAAUAGUGUUCUGUCUGUCCUGUCCAGUCCAUCACAGGGUUCUAAUAGUGUUCUGUCUGUCCUGUCCAGUCCAUCACAGGGUUCUAAUAGUGUUCUGUCUGUCCUGUCCAGUCCAUCACAGGGUUCUAAUAGUGUUCUGUCUGUCCUGUCCAGUCCAUCACAGGGUUCUAAUAGUGUUCUGUCUGUCCUGUCCAGUCCAUCACAGGGUUCUAAUAGUGUUCUGUCUGUCCUGUCCAGUCCAUCACAGGGUUCUAAUAGUGUUGUCUGUCCUGUCCAGUCCAUCACAGGGUUCUAAUAGUGUUUGUCUGUCCUGUCCAGUCCAUCACAGGGUUCUCUAAUAGUGUUCUGUCUGUCCUGUCCAGUCCAUCACAGGGUUCUAAUAGUGUUGUCUGUCCUGUCCAGUCCAUCACAGGGUUCUAAUAGUGUUCUGUCUGUCCUGUCCAGUCCAUCACAGGGUUCUAAUAGUGUUCUGUCUGUCUGGUCCAGUCCAUCACAGGGUUCUAAUAGUGUUCUGUCUGUCCUGUCCAGUCCAUCACAGGGUUCUAAUAGUGUUCUGUCUGUCCUGUCCAGUCCAUCACAGGGUUCUAAUAGUGUUCUGGUCUGUCCUGUCCAGUCCAUCACAGGGUUCUAAUAGUGUUCUGUCUGUCCUGUCCAGUCCAUCACAGGGUUCUAAUAGUGUUCUGUCUGUCCUGUCCAGUCCAUCACAGGGUUCUAAUAGUGUUCUGUCUGUCCUGUCCAGUCCAUCACAGGGUUCUAUAGUGUUCUGUCUGUCCUGUCCAGUCCAUCACAGGGUUCUAAUAGUGUUCUGUCUGUCCUGUCCAGUCCAUCACAGGGUUCUAAUAGUGAUCUGUCUGUCCUGUCCAGUCCAUCACAGGGUUCUAAUAGUGUUGUCUGUCCUGUCCAGUCCAUCACAGGGUUCUAAUAGUGUUCUGUCUGUCCUGUCCAGUCCAUCACAGGGUUCUAAUAGUGUUCUGUCUGUCCUGUCCAGUCCAUCACAGGGUUCUAAUAGUGUUCUGUCUGUCCUGUCCAGUCCAUCACAGGGUUCUAAUAGUGUUCUGUCUGUCCUGUCCAGUCCAUCACAGGGUUCUAAUAGUGUUGUCUGUCCUGUCCAGUCCAUCACAGGGUUCUAAUAGUGUUCUGUCUGUUCUGUCCAGUCCAUCACAGGGUUCUAAUAGUGUUCUGUCUGUUCUGUCCAGUCCAUCACAGGGUUUGCCCACAGCUGUUUCCAGUAUGCCAUCAAUAAGAGGUGGCCUCUAUACAUGAGCACUAAGAACACCAUCCUUAAGUACUACGACGGGCGCUUCAAGGAUAUCUUCCAGGAGAUCUUUGAGAAGUAAGACAAUCAACAAGUAAACCUACAGUAUAGAGUUGCACUUCAUUCCACAUUUCUACCUAUCUAGAUAUAAUCUAUUCACCAUAUUUAUACCUAACUAGAUAUAGUCUAUUCACCAUAUGUAUACCUAACUAGAUAUAAUCUAUUCACCAUAUGUAUACCUAACUAGAUAUAGUCUAUUCACCAUAUGUAUACCUAACUAGAUAUAGUCUAUUCACCAUAUGUAUACCUAACUAGAUAUAGUCUAUUCACCAUAGUAUACCUAACUAGUAUAAUUAUAUUCACCAUAUUUAUACCUAACUAGAUAUUGUCUUUCACCAUAUUAUACCUAAUAGAUAUAGUCUAUUCACCAUAUGUAUACCUAACUAGAUAUAGUCUAUUCACCAUAUGUAUACCUAACUAGAUAUAGUCUAUUCACCAUAUGUAUACCUACUAGAUAAUAUAUUUACCAUAUUUAUACCUAACUAGAUAUAAUCUAUUCACCAUAUGUAUACCUAACUAGAUAUAGUCUAUUCACCAUAUGUAUACCUAACUAGAUAUAAUAUAUUCACCAUAUUUAUACCUAACUAGAUAUAGUCUAUUCACCAUAUGUAUACCUAACUAGAUAUAGUCUAUUCACCAUAUGUAUACCUAACUAGAUAUAGUCUAUUCACCAUAUGUAUACCUAACUAGAUAUAGUCUAUUCACCAUAUGUAUACCUAACUAGAUAUAAUAUAUUCACCAUAUUUAUACCUAACUAGAUAUAAUCUAUUCACCAUAUGUAUACCUAACUAGAUAUAGUCUAUUCACCAUAUUUAUACCUAACUAGAUAUAGUCUAUUCACCAUAUGUAUACCUAACUAGAUAUAGUCUAUUCACCAUAUGUAUACCUAACUAGAUAUAGUCUAUUCACCAUAUGUAUACCUAACUAGAUAUAGUCUAUUCACCAUAUGUAUACCUAACUAGAUAUAGUCUAUUCACCAUAUUUAUACCUAACUAGAUAUAGUCUAUUCACCAUAUGUAUACCUAACUAGAUAUAGUCUAUUCACCAUAUGUAUAGCUAACUAGAUAUAGUCUAUUCACCAUAUUUAUACCUAACUAGAUAUAGUCUAUUCACCAUAUGUAUACCUAACUAGAUAUAAUAUAUUCACCAUAUUUAUACCUAACUAGAUAUAGUCUAUUCACCAUAUUUAUACCUAACUAGAUAUAGUCUAUUCACCAUAUGUAUACCUAACUAGAUAUAGUCUAUUCACCAUAUGUAUACCUAACUAGAUAUAGUAUAUUCACCAUAUGUAUACCUAACUAGAUAUAGUCUAUUCACCAUAUGUAUAGCUAACUAGAUAUAGUAUAUUCACCAUAUUUAUACCUAACUAGAUAUAGUCUAUUCACCAUAUUUAUAAUGAAUGUUACAGGCUUUGGUUUCUUCAUUUAUGUUUUGAGGUUGGACUUUAGCACUGAUUGGAUCACCUCGUUAGUCAGUAUGUGUUACACCUGUGCUGGUUGCCAUCUCAUUAUUGGGAAGGUGUUUCACCUGUGCUGGCCCAGGUGCUAUUUAAGAGUGGCUGGCCCUGUUCUCUAGUUGUGUUGAGAGAUGUGGAGGGUCAACACCUUUAGUCUACUAACCAUAUUUAUAACUAACUAGAUAUAGUCUAUUCACCAUAUUUAUACUUGACUAGAUAGUCUUUUCACCAUAUUUAUACAGUGCCUUCCAAAAGUAUCCAUCCCCCUUGGCGUUUUUCCUAUUUUGUUGCAUUACAACCUGUAAUUUAAAUGGAUUUUUAUUUAGAUUUCAUGUAAUGGACAUACACAAAAUAGUCCAAAUUGGUGAAGGGAAAUGAAAAAAAUAACUUGUUUCAAAAAAUUCAAAAAAAUAAAUAACGGAAAAGUGGUGCGUGCAGAAUGUAUUCACCCCCUUUGCUAUGAAGCCCCUAAAUAAGAUCUGGUGCAACCAAUUACCUUCAGAAGUCACAUAAUUAGUUAAAUAAAGUCCACCUGUGUGCAAUCUAAGUGUCACAUGAUCUGUCACAUGAUCUCAGUAUAUAUACACCUGUUCUGAAAGGCCCCAGAGUCUGCAACACCACUAAGCAAGGGGCACCACCAAGCAAGCGGCUCCAUGAAGACCAAGGAGCUCUCCAAACAGGUCAGGGUUGGGUUUUUGCGCCUUCCUCUGACCGUCUGGUAUAGAGGUCCUGGAUAGCAGGAAGCUUGGCCCCAGUGAUGUACUGGGUUGUACGCACUACCCUCUAGUACCUUACGGUCGGAUGCCGAGUAGUUGCCAUACCAGGCGGUGAUGCAACCGGUCAGGAUGCUCUCGAUGGUGCAGCUGUAGAACUUUUUGAGGAUCUGGGGACCCAUGCCAAAUAUUUUCAGUCUCCUGAGGGGGAAAAGGCGUUGCCGUGCCCUCUUCACAACUUUCUUGGUGUGUUUGGACCAUGAUAGUUUGUUGGUGAUGUGGACACCAAGGAACUUGAAACUCUCGACCCGCUCCACUACAGCCCCGUCGAUGUGAAUGGGGGCGUGUUCGGCCCUCCUUUUCCUGUAGUCCACGAUCAUCUCCUUUGUCUUGCUCAUAUUGAGGGAGAGGUUGUUGUCCUGGCACCACACUGCCAAGUCUCUGACCUCCUCCCAAUAGGCUGUCUCAUCGUUGUCGGUGAUCAGGCCUACCACCGUUGUGUCAUCAGCAAACUUAAUGAUGGUGUUGGAGUCGUGCUUGGCCACGCAGUCGUGGAGUGAACAGGGAGUACAGGAGGGGACUAAGCACGCACCCCUGAGGGGCCCCCGUGUUGAGGAUUAGCGUGGCAAAUGUGUUGUUGCCUACCCUUACCACCUGGGGGCGGCCCGUCAGGAAGUCCAGGAUCCAGUUGCAGAGGGAGGUGUUUAGUCCCAGGGUCCUUAGCUUAGUGGUGAAAACACUUUCCAGUUGGUCCGCGCAUGCUCUGAGUACACGUCCUGGUAACCAGUCUGGCCCCGCGGCCUUGUGAAUGUUGACCAGUUUAAAGGUCUUGCUCACAUCGGCUACGGAGAGUGUGAUCACACAGUCGUCCGGAACAGCUGGUGCUCUCAUGCAUGCUUCAGUGUUGCUUGCCUCGAAGUGAAUAUAAAAAGGCAUUUAGCUCAUCUGGUAGGCUCACGUUACUGGGCAGCUCGCGGCUGGGUUUCCCUUUGUAGUCAGUAAUAGUUUGCAAGCCCUGUCACAUCCGACGAGCAUCAGAGCCGGUGUAGUAGGAUUCAAUCUUAGUCCUGUGUUGAUGCUUUGCCUGUUUGAUGGUUCGUCUGAGGGCAUAGCGGGAUUUCUUAUAAGCAUCCGGAUUAGUGUCCCGCUCCUUGAACGCGGCAGUUCUAGCCUUUAGAUCGGUGCAGAUGUUGCCUGUAAUCCAUGGCUUCUGGUUGGGAUAUGUACGUACGACGUCGUCGACGCACUUAUUGAUGAAGCCGGUGACUGAGGUGGUAUACUCCUCAAUGCCAUCGAAUGAAUCCCGGAACAUAUUCCAGUCUGUGCUAGCAAAACAGUCCUGUAGCGUAGCAUCCGCGUCAUCUGACCACUUCCUUAUUGACCGAGUCACUGGUACUUCCUGCUUUAGUUUUUGCUUGUAAGCAGGAAUCAGGAGGAUAGAAUUAUGGUCAGAUUUGCCAAAUGGAGGGCGAGGGAGAGCUUUCUAUGCGUCUCUGUGUGUGGAGUAAAGGUGGUCUAGAGUCAGAAAUCUUGCUUGUUUGUAGGUGACCAACUACUUAUUUUCCACCAUAAUUUGCAAAUAAAUUCAUAAAAAAUCCUACAAUGUGAUUUUCUGGAUUUUCUUUUCUCAAUUUGUCUGUCAUAGUUGACGUGUACCUAUGAUGAAAAUUACAGGCCUCACUCAUCUUUUUAAGUGGGAGAACUUGCACAAUUGGUGGCUGACUAAAUACUUUUUUCCCCCACUGUAGCUGUUCUGUCCUGCCGAUGCACGGUAAACCCAGCCAACUGAAUAUUAUCCGUGUCGUCGUUCAGCCACGACUCUGUGAAACAUAAGAUAUUACAGUUUUUAAUGUCCCGUUGGUAGGAUAGUCUCGAACGGAGCUCAUCCAGUUUAUUCUCCAGUGAUUGCACGUUGGCCAAUAGAACGGAUGGUAGAGGCGGGUUACCCACUCGCCAACGAAGUCUCACAAGGCACCCUGAUCUGCACCCCCGUUAUCUCCUUCUUUCCUUCAUUAGAAUGACGGGAUUUGGGCCUGGUCUCGGAGAAGCAGUAUAUCCUUCACGUCAGACUCAUUAAAUAAAAAAUCUUUGUCCAGUUUGAGGUGAGUAAUCGCUGUUCUGAUAUCCAGAAGCUCUUUUCGGUCAUAAGAGACGGUCGCAUCAACAUUAUGUACAAAAUAAGUUACAAACAAUACGAAAAAACACACAAAAUAGGACAAUUGGUUAGCAGGCCGUAAAACAGCAGCCAUCCCCUCCGGCGCCAUUUUCUUAUCGCGAUACGGAUUGAAUAGAGGCCACAGUCUAUUCACAGAGUGGCUGGCCAAGGUUGGCAGUAACGUUCCUUGCUGAUUCUUCCCCAGUGUUAACAGUUAAUCUAUGCCUGCUUUAAAAGCUCCCGUGUUCUCUACAGGAACUACAAGCCAGAGUUUGACAGGCUGAAUAUCUGGUACGAGCACCGCCUCAUUGAUGACAUGGUGGCACAAGUCCUCAAGUCCUCUGGAGCCUUCGUCUGGGCCUGCAAGAACUACGAUGGAGACGUUCAGUCUGAUAUACUGGCUCAAGGUGAGACCAACACUAAUAUAUAAUAUACUGUCUAUACCUACAGUAAUAUAAUAAUAGAACCAUAAUGGAGACAUUCAGUCUAACAUACUGUCUCAAGGUGAGACCAACACUAAUAUAUAAUAUACUGUCUAUACCUACAGUAAUAUAAUAAUAGAACCAUAAUGGAGACAUUCAGUCUAACAUACUGUCUCAAGGUGAGACCAACACUAAUGUAUAAUAUACUGUCUAUACCUACAGUAAUAUAAUAAUAGAACCAUAAUGGAGACAUUCAGUCUAACAUACUGUCUCAAGGUGAGACCAACACUAAUGUAUAAUAUACUGUCUAUACCUACAGUAAUAUAAUAAUAGAACCAUAAUGGAGACAUUCAGUCUAACAUACUGUCUCAAGGUGAGACCAACACUAAUGUAUAAUAUACUGUCUAUACCUACAGUAAUAUAAUAAUAGAACCAUAAUGGAGACAUUCAGUCUAACAUACUGUCUCAAGGUGAGACCAACACUAAUGUAUAAUAUACUGUCUAUACCUACAGUAAUAUAAUAAUAGAACCAUAAUGGAGACAUUCAGUCUAACAUACUGUCUCAAGGUGAGACCAACACUAAUGUAUAAUAUACUGUCUAUACCUACAGUAAUAUAUAAUAUACUGUCUAUACAUACAGUAAUAUAAUAAUAGAACCAUAAUGGAGACAUUCAGUCUAACAUACUGUCUCAAGGUGAGACCAACACUAAUAUAUAAUAUACUGUCUAUACCUACAGUAAUAUAUAAUAUACUGUCUAUACCUACAGUAAUAUAAUAAUAGAACCAUAAUGGAGACAUUCAGUCUAACAUACUGUCUCAAGGUGAGACCAACACUAAUAUAUAAUAUACUGUAUAUACAUACAGUAAUAAUAUUAAAUACACUGUAUAUACAUAUAAUAAUAUUAUUACAGGCCUCUCUCAUCUUUUUAAGUUGGAGAACUUGCACAAUUGGUGGCUGACUAAAUACUUUUUCCCCCCACUGUAUCUAUCCAUCUCUCUCCUGUUUAAAAAUAUAUUUCCCUUUAUUACUUUCCAACCCCACCACCCCUUCCCUAAUUGGAGUAAACUAGUGAACAACAAUGCUUAGGCCUCUACUUCCAGCUUAUACAUACUAUAUACAUUUUAUGGACACAGUCAAUUUUAAAAUAAUUAUAUUUUGUUUGUUUUUACUCCUGAACUUCCUCUACCCUCAACCUCUCCGAUCAUUUUCAUGAUGUCCAUCCGGUUUGCUUCAAUAUGCCAUAUCUUUCUAACUGUGCUCUUUCACAAAAGUUCUUAACCUAUAACCUAUAUACUUAUUAUGGACACAGUAUGCUUUACAUUAGUUAUCUUGUUGUUGUUAGUUGUUAUUAGUCCCAUCCCCAUAUAAAUAACAUUCUAUUGGUAGCAAGAAUUUUGUAUAAUAAUGUUGAAUCCGGUGUCGUUUUGCGUAUCAGAUCAUAAACACUAUGCCAUGGGAUCGGUACGUCAAAUCUCUUCCCAACUAUUUUGCAAUCUAUAUGGGACGGCUGUCAAUCCUUUGGUCCUUAAAUGAAACUGGUAUUCUUUUUUAUUUAUCACAAUUUUCAUUAACCAAUUAUGUUCUUUAAUGCAGGGCCGACAGACAAGUGCCUUACUUUUUCCCCCUUCCACUUUCCUUUUCCAUUUUUGCAGUAAUGCUGCAAUUAUUUGGUUGUGGGUAGAACAGACAUUUCCAUAUGUUUUUGUUAGCUGCAUGUGCGACAUAACUCCACCAGUGCUACCUAUGAUAUAAUUUAUGAAGAUUAUACCUUUUUAAAACAUUUUUUCAAAAAACGUUUUUUUAAAUCAAUUUGUAUAUUUGAGUUUAACCACAAUAUUUGUUGCAUUAUGUGUUCUGUCGUUUCUGGAAGAUUAAAUUGAAAUUGCAACCAACUUUCUAUGGCUUGUUUUAGAAAUAGUGAUACUUGGGAGAUGAUUUCCUUUUCAAAUGUGAGGUUGUAAUCUGAAUAAAGGGAAAAAGGCCAUUCUUGAACAUUGGGGGAGACAAUCUUACUAAUUUGCCAGAGAACCAGUUCAGAUUUAAGUAUAACUUUUGUAUGACUGAAGCUUUUAGUGAUAGGUCUAAUGCUUUAAUAUUUAAUAAUUUAUGUCCGAAUUCAUAUUCAUUAUAUAAAUAGGCCCGUUUGAUUUUGUCUGGCUUGCUGUUCCAAAUAAAAUGGAAUCUUUUUUUCUCAUACAAUUUUUAAAAAACUGUUCGCUAGGCGUAGGCAAGACAUUUUUUUUACAUUUUAAAUUUUAGUCAUUUAGCAGACGCUCUUAUCCAGAGCGACUUACAGUUAGUGAAUACAUUUUUUUUUUUAUACUGGCCCCCCGUGGGAAUCGAACCCACAACCCUGGCGUUGCAAACGCCAUGCUCUAUCAACUGAGCUACAUCCCUGCCGGCCAUUCCCUCCCCUACCCUGGGCCAAUUGUGCGCCGCCCAUGAGUCUCCCGGUCGCGGCCGGCUGUGACAGAGCCUGGAUUCGAACCAGGAUCUCUAGUGGCACAGUUAGCACUGCGAUGCAGUGCCUUAGACCACUGCGCCACUCAGGAACAGCAAACCAUAAGCAAAUAGGUAAACAGGGAUAAUACUAAAGAGUGGGUGAUUUUUCCACAAAUAGACAGGUAUUUACCUUUCCAUGGUAGCAAGAUCUAAUCUAUUUUUGCUAACUUUGUAUUAAAAUUUAUUGGAGUGAGAUCAUUUAUUUCAUUUGGGAUAUGUAUUCCGAGUAUAUCCACAUCACCAUCAGACCAUUUUAUUGGUAAACUACAUGGUAAUGUAAAAAUUGUAUAUUUUAGUGAUCCAAUACGUAAUAUAGUACAUUUAUCAUAAUAUGGUUGUAAUCCAGAGAGGUUAUAAAAUGUAUCUAGAUCCUCUAUGAGGCUGUGGAUGUCAAGGGUUCUGAUGCGAAUGUGGUGUGGAAUCAAGUGCAGGACACAGGAGCUCAGUCAAACUUGCCUUUACUGGAAAAGCACAAAAUAACGGGUCAAACUAACCCGGAGGCGAACAAUACGCAACAGUGCGUAAAAUACAAAAACCGACUACGCACGAACAAAUGUGCGACGGUAAAUACGAGCGUCUGUCCAAACAACAGUAGAACACCAAAACAGACAGGAAAAACAAUUACACACAACACAUGACAGAAACAACGAGAACUUAUAGGACACCUAAUCAACACUAAACAUGAACAGGUGUACUAAACAGACCAAACCAAUCAAACAUCGAAAACAAAGAACGGUGGCAGCUAGUACUCCGGAGACGACGACCGCCGAAGCCUGCCCGAACAAGGAGGAGGAGCAGCCUCGGCCGAAACCGUGACAGUGGAGGGAUUCAAGUUGUGGAUUUAAAAGAAAACGUGAAUCAUCAGCGUACAAUGACACCUUUGUUUUUAAGCCCUGGAUUUCUAAUCCAUUGAUAUUAUUGUUGGAUCUGAUUUAUUUUAAUAGCUAACAUUUCGAUGGCCAUCAUAAAUAGAUAUGCCGAUAGUGGACAAUCUUGUUUUACUCCUCUUGACAGUUUAAAACUUUCGAAGAAAUAGCCAUUAUUUACUAUUUUACACCUAGGGUUACUAUACAUGAUUUUAACCCAUUUUAUAAGAGAUUCUCCAAAAUUGAAAUGCUCCAGGCAUUUAUAUAUAAACUCCAGUCGUACUUUAUCAAAUGCCUUUUCAAAGUCUGCUAUGAAUAAUAAUAAUAAAACCAUAAUGGAGACGUUCAGUCUAACAUACUGAGAAAGGUCCACCUUGUAGCUAGCAGGAGUCCUAUUAAAGGAUAAUCACAUCGGAAAGUCUGGAUGUACAGCGCCUUCAGAAAGUAUUCACACCCCUUGACUUCUUCCACAUUUUAUUGUGUUACAGACGGAAUUUGUGUCACUGGCCUACACACAAUACCCCAUAUUGUCAAAGUGGAAUUAUGUUUUUUGAGAUUUUUUUUUUUAAAUAAAAAAUGAAAAGCUGAAAUGUCUUGAGUCAAUAAGUAUUCAACCCCUUUGUUAUGGCAAGCCUAAUGUCAUGUCUCCUCCCGUUGCUCCCCUCCGGUGCUCUGAUUCGCCGGUCUACUGAGCCACCGGUCUGAGCGCACCACCUCGGCAACACCGGAAUGGAAACCCAACGCACCCUAAUCACCUCCAGCGCACCUGCACCUCAUCACCACCCCUAUAUAGCCCUGGACUGUUCAGUGUUGUGUUGUGUGUAAUUGUUAGCGGCGUGUCGUUUACUCACUCUUUGUUAUUCUCUUUCUCAUUGUUUAGUAAACCUUUACCUUGUUGAUUCCUGUGUCUGCGUCCUGCCUCUUCGUAUCCUCAGGACUCGUCACAGGCCUGAACGAAUAUACUUGACUCUAACCCUAACCCUAACCCUUGACCUUGUUUGAUUCCUGCGUCUGCGUCCUGCCUCUUCGUAUCCUCAGUACUCGUCACACCUAAAUAGUUCAGGAGUAAAAAUGUGCUGAACAAGUCACAGAAUUUGCAUGAACUCAGUAAUAGUAUUUAAUAUGAUUUUGAAUUACUACCUCAUCUUUGUACCCCACACAUACAAUUAUCUGUAAAGUCCCUCUGUGACACUCUGGCUCCACGGACCUUUAUUUCUUGAGCCAGGGUUGUUCAUGUUCAUUUGUUUUGGGUGUAUUUCUAUGUGGGGGUGUCUAGGUUGUUGUAUUUCUAUGUUGGGUGAUUGUGCGUGUCUGUUUUCAUUGACUCCCAAUCGGAGGUAACGAGUGUCAGCUGUUCGGCUCGUUAUCUCUGAUUGGGAGCCAUAUUUAAGAUGUAGGUUUUCUGGUGUUUGUUGUGGGUUAUUGUUCCAAAUGUUUUAUGUUCAGUCUGUGUACUGAGGACGUCACGGAUCGUGUUUUGUUUUGUCGUGUGUUUAUCAAAUUAAAAUAAGUCAUGUUCACUCGCUACGCUGCGCAUUGGUUUCAUCCUUACAAACGCCGUGACAGAAUAACCCACCACAAGAGGACCAAGCGGCGUAACAAGCAGGGUGUCCAGGAGCCGAAGCCCUUUCCAACUCUAGCGGAUAUCCACGUCGACUGGGUCAAGCCGCGUGAGGAGGAGAGAGGUUGGACUUGGGAGCAGAGGAUGGAGAGUCUGGAGAGUCUGGCGAGGAAGUUAGAUGCCUGGUCCACGGGGAGGAGAGACCCCCAGAAAAUUUUUUGGGGGGGGCUCACGACGUCGGGGCAGAAGGUGUACGGCCCGGAGGAGUGCAAGAGGUGGGCAGAUAUGGCCGCCAGUACAAGGGGGCUACUGGGUAAAGCAGGGAAGGAUAGUGUUGAGGCACGGCAUGAGGUACUGGGGUGUGUAACCAGUUCGGUCCGGCCCGUUCCUAGUCCCGAGGUGCAGCCAGUAGUGUGUGUUCCCCGUACGGUACGGCCUGUUCCGGCCCCUCGCACUAAGUGUACGGUGCGCGUCGCCAGCCCGGUUCAGCCUGUCCCUGCACCACGUAGGAUGCCUACGGUGAGCGUCGCCAGCUCCGCCCGGCCUGUUCCUACUCCACGCACCAGGGAUACGGUGCGCUUCGCCAGCCCAGCCCGGCCUGUUCCUACUCCACGCAUCAGGCCUACGGUGCGUCCCCAGGGCCAAGCAUGCCCUGUUGCUUCUCCCCGCACUAGCCCUGAGAUGCGUGUCCUCAGCCCGGUACCUCCUGUUCCGGCACCACGCACCAGGCCUACGAUGCGCCUCAGACGGCCAGAGUCUGCCGUCUGCCCAACGGGGCCUGAACUGUCCGUCUGCCCAACGCUGUCUGAACUGCCCGUCUGCCCAACGGCGCCUGAACUGCCCGUCUGCCAUGAGCCUGCAAAGCCGCCCGUCUGCCAUGAGCCUACAGAGCCGUCCGCCAGACCGGAGCCGCUAGAGCUCUCCGCCAGACAGGAUCAGCCAGAGCCUUCCGCCAGACAGGAUCAGCCAGAGCCUUCCGCCAGACAGGAUCAGCCAGAGCCUUCCGCCAGACAGGAUCAGCCAGAUCCUUCUGCCAGACAGGAUCCGCCAGAGCCAGCCAGCCAGGAUCCGCCAUUCAGUCCGGUGCUGCCCCUCAGUCAGGUACUGUCCCUUAGUCCGGUGCUGCCCCUUAGUCCGGUGCCGCCCCUUAAUCCAGUGGGGUUUAGUUGGGGGGUGGUCAUGAGGAAGGGUAGACUAAAGUGGAGAGUGACUAAGGUGGAGUGGGGACCACGACCUGGGCCAGAGCCGCCACCAGGGACAGACGCCCACCCAGACCCUCCCCUAGACUGUUGCUGGUGCGCCCGGAGGUCGCACCUUUAGGGGGGGGUAAUGUGACACUCUGGCUCCACGGACCUUUAUUUCUUGAGCCAGGGUUGUUCAUGUUCAUUUGUUUUGGGUGUAUUUCUAUGUGGGGGUGUCUAGGUUGUUGUAUUUCUAUGUUGGGUGAUUGUGCGUGUCUGUUUUCAUUGACUCCCAAUCGGAGGUAACGAGUGUCAGCUGUUCGGCUCGUUAUCUCUGAUUGGGAGCCAUAUUUAAGAUGUAGGUUUUCUGGUGUUUGUUGUGGGUUAUUGUUCCAAAUGUUUUAUGUUCAGUCUGUGUACUGAGGACGUCACGGAUCGUGUUUUGUUUUGUCGUGUGUUUAUCAAAUUAAAAUAAGUCAUGUUCACUCGCUACGCUGCGCAUUGGUUUCAUCCUUACAAACGCCGUGACACCCUCAGUCGAGCAGUGAAUUUCAAACACAGAUUCAACCACAAAGACCAGGGAGGUUUUCCAAUGCCUUGCAAAGAAGGGCACCUAUUGGUAGAUUAAAUACAUUUAACAGACAUUGAAUAUCCCUUUGAGCAUGGUGAAGUUAUUAAUUACACUUUGGAUGGUGUAUCAAUACAUCCAGUCACAACAAAGAUACAGGCGUCCUUCCUAACUCAGUUGCCGGAGAGGAAGGAAACUGCUCAGGGAUUUCAACAUGAGGCCAAUGGUGACUUUAAAACAGUUACAGAAUUGAAUGGCUCAAAGGAGAAAACUGAGGAUGGAUCAACAACAUUGUAGCGUCUGCUAAAUGACUAAAAUGUAAAUGUAAAUGUAGUUACUCCACAAUACUAACCUAAUUGACAGAGUGAAAAGAAGGAUGCCUGUACAGAAUAUAAAUAAUACAAAACAUGCAUCCUGUUUUCAACAAGGCACUAAAGUAAAACUGCAAAAAAUGUGUCAAAGCAAUUCACUUUUUGUCCUGAAUACAAAGUAUGUUUGGGGCAAAUCCAGUACAACACAUUACUGAGUCCACUCUCCAUAUUUUCAAGCAUAGUGGUGGCUGCAUCAUGUUAUGGGAAUGCUUGUAAUCAUUAAGGACUGGGAGUUUUUUCCGGAUAAAUAAUACAUGGAAUGGAGCAAAGCACAGGAAAAAUCCUAUAGAAAAACAUGGUUCAGUCUGCUUUCCACCAGACACUGGGAGAUGAAUUCACCUUUCAGGAGGACAAUAACCUAAAACACAAGGCCAAAUGUACACUGGAGUUGCUUACCAAGACACACGACCUGAAAAUAGUUGUCUAGCAAUGAUCAACGAUCAAUUUAACUUUUGAAAAGAAUAUUGGGAAAAUGUUGCACAAUCCAGGUGUGGAAAGCUCUUCGAGGUUUACCCAGAUAAUUCACGUGCUUCUACAAAGUAUUGACUCGGGGGUGUGAAUACUUAUGUAAAUUAGAUACUGCAUUUCUGUAUUUCAUUUUCAAUACAUUUGAAAAAAAAAAAAAAUAAUCACUUCGUCAUUAUGGGGUAUUGUGUGUAGAUGAGUGAGAAAAUUACAUUUAAUCCAUUUUGAAUUCAGGCUGUAACAACAAUGUGGAAUAAGUCAAGGGGAAUGAAUAGUUUGUGAAGGCAUUGUACCUGGCUGAACUCCUAAGACACAGUGGAGGGUGAUUGGAUAUCCUCUGCCAUGCUAUUGAUGACUGGCUGAACUCCUAAGACACAGUGGAGGGUGAUUGGAUAUCCUCUGCCAUGCUAUUGAUGACUGGCUGAACUCCUAAGACACAGUGGAGGGUGAUUGGAUAUCCUCUGCCAUGCUAUUGAUGACAUCCUCUUGUUGUUGUUGUUGUUGUGUGUGUGUGCAUAGGUUUCGGCUCCCUGGGUCUGAUGACGUCAGUGUUGGUGUGUCCUGAUGGGAAGACCAUUGAGGCAGAGGCAGCCCACGGCACCGUGACACGGCACUACCGCGAACACCAGAGGGUAAGGAACUAACCCUGACCUCUAACCCUAACCCUGAUCCUAUCCCUGACUCACGCCACGGUAACCAGCCACUGGGCGUUAGGACCUUUCCAUGCUGGAGGGUAAUUCAGUCUUAUUGCUAAUGAUGCUACUGCUGUAUAGCCAGUCACUGUUACAAAUAUCCUUCUCCUCCUGUAGGGUAGACCACCAUGUCACUGUUAAAACUAUCCUCUGUCCUCCUGUAGGGUAGACCACCAUGUCACUGUUAAAACUAUCCUCUGUCCUCCUGUAGGGUAGACCCACCAAUGUCACUGUUUAAAACUAUCCGCUGUCGCCCUGUAGGGUAAGAACCACCAUUCAUUUUAAACUAUCCUCGUGUCCCCUGUAGGGUAUAGACCUAACCAGAGCCAUGUCACGGUGAAAACUAUCUUCUGUCCUCCUGUAGGGUAAGCACCAAUGUCACUGUUAAAACUGUCCUCUGUCCCUCCUGUAGGGUAGACCACCAUGUCACUGUUAAAACUAUCCUCUGUCCUCCUGUAGGGUAGACCACCAUGUCACUGUUAAAACUAUUCCUCUGUCCUCCUGUAGGGGUAGACCAACCAUGUCACUGUUAAAAACUAUCCUCUGGCCCACUGUCAGGGUAGACCAACCAUGUUCACUGUUACAAAUAUCCUUCCGGAUCCUCCUGUAGGGUAGACCUAACCAGACGCGCCAUGGCCACUGUUUAAACUAUCCUCUGUCCUCCUGUAUGGUAGACCACCAUGUCACUGUUUAAAACUAUCCUCGGUCCCCUGGAGGGUAGACUACCAGAGCCAUGUCCCCUGUUAAAACUAUCCCUCUGUCCUCCUGUCGGGUAACCUACCAAGCCACUGUCACUGUAAAACGAUCCUCUGCCCUCCUGUAGGGUAGACCUACCAAGCCAUGUCACUGUAAAACAUCCUCUGUCCUCCUUGAGGGUAGACUACCAGAGCCAUGUCAUGUUUAACUCCGCUUCCUCCUGUAUGGUAGACCACCUUUCACUGUUAAAACUCUCCUCUGGUCCUCCAUUUAGGGUAGACCUAGCCAGAGCUAUGUCACUGUUAAAACUAUCCGCUGGUCCUCCUGUAGGUAGACCACCAUGUCACUGUUAAAACUAUACUCUGUCCUCCUGUAGGGUAGACCUUCCAGAAUCCCAUGUCACGUUAAAACUUCUCGGGUCUCUGUAGGGUAGACCACCAUGUCACUGUUAAAACUAUCCUCUGUCCUCCUGUAGGGUAGACCACCAUGUCACUGUUUAAAACUAUCCUCUGUCCUCCUGUAGGGUAGACCACCAUGUCACUGUGUAAAACUAUCCUCUGUCCUCCUGUAGGGUAGACCACAUGUCACUGUUAAAACGAUCCUCGGUCCGCCUGUAGGGUAGCCCACCAUGUCCACUGUUAAAACUAAUCCUCUGUCUCCUGUAGGGUAUACCACCCAUUUCACUGUUAAACUAUCCUCGGUCCUCCUGUAUGGUAACCCCCAUGUCCACUGUAAAACUAAUCCUCUGUCCUCCUGUAGGUAGACCACCAUGCAACUGUUAAAACUAUAACCCUCUGUCCUCCUGUAGUGUAGACCUACCAGAGCCAUGUCACUGUUAAAAUAUCCUCUGUUCCUCCUGUCGGGUAGAAACCUACCAGAGCCCAUGUCACUGUUUAACUAUCCUCUGUCCCCUGUAGGGUAGACCUCCAGAGCCAUGUCCACUGUUAAACCAGAAGUCCCAUGUCCCUCUGUAAAACUAUCCUCUGUCCUCCUGUCGUAUACACCAAUGUUGUCAGUCACUGUUUAAAACUAUCCUCUGUCUCCUGUAGGUUAGACCCUCACCAUGUCACUGUUAAAACUAUCCUCUGAUUCCUCCUGUAGUGACCACCACAACCAUGUCACUGUUAAAACAUCUCGGUCCUCCUGUAAGGGUAGACCACCAUGGCACUGUUAAAACUACCUCGUCCUCCUGUAGGGUAGACCACCAUUUCCUGUUAAAACUCAAUCCUUGUCCCUCCUGUAGGGUAGACCACCAAUGGUCCAACUGUUAAAACUAUCCUCGGUCCUCCUGUCGGUUAGACCUAAACCAGAGAGCCAAUGUCACUUUAAAAAACUAUCCUUGUCCUCCUGUAGGGUAGACCACCAUUCACUGUUAAAACUAUCUCUGUCCUCCUGUGUAGGGUAGACCUACCAGAAGCCUGUCACUGUUAAAAUUAAUCCUCUGUCCUCCUGUAGGGUAGACCUCCAGAGCCAUGUCAACUGGUAAAACUAUCCCCUCUGUCCUCCUGUAGGUUAGAACCUACCAUAGCCAUGUCCUGUCUAAAACGACCUCUGUCUCCUGUUAGGGUAUACUACCAGAGCCCUGUCACCUUGUUAAAAAAAACUAAUCCUCUGUCCUCUCUGUAUUUUAGACACCAUGUCACUGUUAAAACUCUCCUCUGUCCUCCGUAAGGGUAUGACCCUACCAAGCUAAUGUCACUGUUAAAACCUAUCCUAUGUCCUCCUGUAGGUUAACCUCCCAGAGCCAUGUCCGUUAAAACCAUCCUCUGUCCUCCCUGUAGGGUAUACCACGAUGUCACUUUUAAAACUAUCCUCUGUCUCCUGUAGGGUAGACCUACCAGAGCCAUGUCACUGUUAAAACUCUCCUUCUUCUGCCUCCUGUAAGGGUAGACCACCAUGUCACUGUUAAAAAAACUAUCCUCUGUCCCUGUAGGGGUAGACCUACCCGAGCCCAUGUCACUGUUAAAACUAUCCUCUGUCCUCCUGUAGGGUUAGACCACCCCAUGUCAACUGUUAAAACUAUCCUCUGGUCCUCUGUAGGGUAGACCUACCAGAGCCAUGUCACUGUUAAAACCUAUCCUCUGUCCUCCUGUAGGGUAGACCUACCAUCCAUGUCACUGUUAAAACUAUCCUUCUGUCCUCCUGUAGGGUUAGACCUACCAGAGCCAUGUCACUGUUAAAAUCUAUCCUCUGUCCUCCUGUAGUGGUAGACCUACCAGAGCCAUGUCACUGUUUUAAAAAUAUCCUCUGUCCUCUGUAGGGUAGACCUACCAAGCCAUGUCACUGUUAAAACUCUUCCCCCUCUGUCCUCCUGUAGGGUAGACAACCAUGUCACUGUUAAACUAUCCUCUGUCCUCCUUAGGGUAGCCUACCAGAGCAUGUCACUGUUAAAACUAUCCUCUGUCCUCCUGUAGGGUAACCUACCAGACCAAUGUCAUGUAAAACUUCUCUGUCCUCCUGUAGGGUAGACCCUACCAGAGCCAUGUCACUGUUAAAACUAUCCUCUGUCCCCUCCUGUAGGGUAGACCGCCACGCUUUCACUGUUAAAACUAUCCUCUGUCUCCUGUAGGGUGACCCCCGAAACCCCCCCCCUUAACCAGAGCCAUUCACUUAGCCAUGUUUAUACUGUUCUAACAUGCGUCCUUUUUGUACGAUCUUGUCCCUCAUUCUGAAUUGUGGCACAUUUGUAGCUGAUUAAAAUACUAAUUUCUAAUUAAUUUUGAUCAAGUGUAAUUGGAAGAUCAGGACAAGUCAGAAUUAAGGACACAUGUUUAGCUGCAGGUAAAAACGGGACUUCUGUUAAACCUGUCCUCUCCUCUCCUCCUGUAGGGCAGACCCACCAGCACCAACCCCAUCGCCAGCAUCUUUGCCUGGACCAGAGGGCUGGAACACCGAGGAAACUGGAUGGAAACCCAGCCUCAUCAAUUAAUAUAUAUAACGCUACCCCUGACCUGUAACAUUCUAAUAACUACUCAAACCCUGACCUGUAUAUAUUAA